AUGGUCGCCGCCGCCUCUGCUGCUCCCGCGCGUGGUCGUCGCGGCCUCUCCUCCCACCUCAGCGUACAACCGCCUCAGCGCCUCUUCCUCUUCAUCUCAGAAGGCGGCAUCGAGUGCGGCCGUCUCGUGCUCUCUUUCCCUCCCAGGUCGACCCAGGAGGAGCUCGAGCGGCAGAGCUGGUCCACGGCGCCGUCGUUGUUGGCAGGACCGUAUAUUCGCAGGUUAGUUGCAUGGAUAAGGCCUUCCCAACCGGGCACGCCCAAGAACGCCUCCUGCAGGAGGGCGCCGCCGCCGUCCCGACCAGCACUCCCCCGCCGUCCUACCACGCCCGGACUGCCACGGCAUCGUCGUACGGCGACUGCGGCAGGCUGGGCCGCAGGAGCAAGUGAGAUGGUCGAUGGGGAGACGGCCCCGCCUCUGAUGCAGCUGGAGACGCUGCUGGCGCUUGGCCUGGACCAGCGCAUGGCGGAGAACGCGCUGGUCAACAGCAAAGUCACCUAGCCUCCGUCAUAGCCAA